AUGGCUGAAAAAAUCACUAUGGCAUCGUCAUCAUAUUCAAUUCUAAGCACAAAUCUUGAAGAAACACAGUGGGUAUUGCAAAUCAGCGAGCUUCUCCAACGAAAUGAGUUUCAUACGGCUUUUGAAAGUCCAAUUUCUAUCUUUCAGGUGCCGGAUUCUAUUCGAAACGACAGCCCAGAAGCCUUCACUCCUCGUAGUGUUGCCUUGGGGCCUUUUCACCAUUUUCACCCACAGCUGCUCAACUUGGAGCUCUACAAGCUUGGUAGAGCAAAGAAGGUGAAAGAUCAGAUCCAACUUGCUGAGUUUCACCAACUUAUCAGUGAUAAACUCAAGCCAUUGGAGCUCAAAAUCCGAGCAUGUUUCAAAAAAUAUUUGGAGGUGGGAUGCGAGGCUUUGGCUUGGAUAAUGCUCAUCGAUGGGUUGUUCUUGAUUCACUUGCUUCAAAUCUUUGCUGAAGUUGAAGUGAAGUGUUCUCUUCAACGCCAUGAGCUUCCUUUACCUGAGCUCGACGCUGAGCACCAACAGAUGUACCUCAAUCCCAAAGCAAAUUCAAUGGCUCGAAAUGAGAUCGUGAGUGACACUCUAAUGUUGGAGAAUCAAAUCCCAUUUUGUGUUCUCAAAGAAAUUUUAGCAGGAACCCAAAUCGUCAAUGAUUUGCCACUCUUAUUAUACAAAUUCUGUGUCUUGGUUUCACCAUUUGGCUUACCUUCACAAAUCAACUCCAGAACUUUUCUUGACCUGCCUCAGACGUUCCAAAAAUCUCAUCAUUUGCUGCAUUUCUUGUACCUCUUGAUCUUGAAUCAGGGGGAGAUGGGAGAUGAUGGAAUGGACUAUAUGGGUCCUGCCUCGCCAAAUCUUCUCGGUCUUUGUUUCAACGUAAUAACAUCAGUUAUGCAGACAAACAUAGUUGAAUUACUGCAGCAAUUCAGUGAGUUAAUUCAAUAUUUGUUUGAAAUAUUCAAGGCAUUAAUUUGGCCAUCUUCACUCGAGGAUAGCUUUCCUAUGAUCCCCUCAGCCUCAAAACUGAAGAAAGUUGGAGUGAAAUUUCAGCCAAAAUAUAGCCUCCAAGGCAUUAUAUUCAACAAGCGAGAGGCUGCUCUCGAUUUGCCCGCCAUCACGUUGGAUUCUACCUCCCAUGUAAUAUUGAGAAAUCUAGUAGCAUUUGAAGUCGUUGCCAAGUUGAACCCACCAUGUUUUUCCCAAUAUGCAGCCAUGGUGAAUGGAUUAAUUGCAACUGCCAACGAUGUCAGGAUUCUCAAGGAAGCUAACAUCAUCAUUAAUAAUCUAGAGAGUGAUGAAGAAGUUGUGGAGCUCUUUAAUGGGUUUACGAAGUUUGCUUCAAAGAGUGAUUCAUCAGAGAUUGGAAGUCCCAAAUCGACUUACAUGGUAAAUAUGGUUGAAAUCAUUGAGGAAGUAAACAAAUAUUACGAGAGCAAAUGGAAGAUUAAGGUGAGAGACGAUGAAGAUGGAGGUGUCAAAUUCGUUGGGGGACAAGAGUCUGAAAUUUUUAUAAUGCUGGAAUUGCUGAGGAGAUUCGCAGAAAAGGGAGUGGGAAGAAUUAAGCAUCCACUUUUGGUGGGAGAUCAAUUUGGAAUCAACGUUGAUAGCUCAGAGCAUGGGCAAAGGGAAGAUGAACUAUAA